AUGUCUCGCUUCCCGGCCGCCAAAGCAGCUCUGCUCUUCGCUCUCAUCAGUGUGGCCACCGCGAGUUUGACCGGAGUGAUACUGAAUCCACUCAUCAGCGGGACGGAAGGGGCGUUGAAGUGGCAGCCAGUCCUUGACUGGGACAAGGACGUAUGUUAUCAAACUUCGGCCAUAGACUCCAACGGCAACACCAAUCCUGGUCUGGAUGCAAAGUUUUCCGUAGGAGAGUGUCGCGAUUCGUCGCGCCAGUGGAACUGCAACACGUAUGCACAUGACGAUGCCGACCCACGGGAUAUUCGCUGGGAGGGUUACCACCCAAAAUUGGUCGCGCAUCGUGGCGGGGCGAACACGGCGUCACUACGUCUCGCGAAGGCGGCGGAUGACGACAUCGAGAAUGACUUAGAGAUAUGGCAGGCAUGCCAUCUUCAACAGAUCGGCGUCAUGGACAACGGUCUCGCUCAAAAACUCUUGAACACGAACUGGGGAAAUGCCCACAUGGACCUGCCUGAUAGCCGCUUCCAGGAACAAUUGGAAAAGUACAUGCCAAAGCAGGCCAGACAGGACGGCUUUACUGCGCGCGACUAG